CGGCGGCGGGGGAGCGCGCAGCGAAAACAAAGAUGGCGGCCGCGCCGGGGUCGGUGGCCGCGGCGACUGCGGGGCGACGCGCGGGCCGGAGCCUCUGAGGCGGCGGCGCCGGGAGCGGGGCGGCGGGGUCGCUGCGGCGGCGAGAGGGCGGCGGGAGCGCGCGGCGGCCCCAACUCUAGCCGCGGGAGCGCGCCGGCGCCCGCCCGCCGGGCCGGCCGGCUGCGAUGUCCGGCGCCGAGGAGGCCGGCGGGGGCGGCCCGGCCGCGGGGCCCGCGGGUGCCGUGCCCGCCGGGGCCGGGGGCGGAGCCGGGGCCGGGGCCGGGGCGGCCGCGGGGCCGGCGGCGGCGGCGGCGGCGGCGCUGGGCGAGGCGGCGGGGCCCGGGCUCCCGGACGAGGCGGGCCUGGCCGGCGCCCGGCAGCUGCAGGAGGCGGCCGGCGACCCCGACGCGCCGCCCAAGAAGCGGCUGCGCGCGGCCGAGGCGGCCGAGGCGGCGGCGGCGGCGGCGGCGGGCAGCGGGAAGCUGGAGGAGCGGCUCUACUCGGUGCUGUGCUGCACCGUGUGCCUGGACCUGCCCAAGGCCUCCGUGUACCAGUGCACUAACGGUCACUUGAUGUGCGCUGGCUGUUUUAUCCACCUACUAGCAGAUGCCCGGCUGAAGGAGGAGCAGGCCACGUGCCCCAACUGCCGCUGCGAGAUCAGUAAGAGCCUCUGCUGCCGCAACCUGGCCGUGGAGAAGGCCGUGAGUGAGCUGCCGUGCGAGUGCGGCUUCUGUCUGCGCCAGUUCCCCCGCUCCCUCCUGGAGAGGCACCAGAAGGAGGAAUGCCAGGACAGGGUGACCCAGUGCAAGUACAAGCGCAUUGGCUGCCCGUGGCACGGCCCCUUCCAUGAACUGACAGUGCAUGAGGCCGCUUGUGCCCACCCCACCAAGACGGGCAACGAGCUGAUGGAGAUCCUGGAUGAGAUGGACCAGAGCCACCGCCGAGAGAUGCAGCUGUACAAUGGCAUCUUCAGCCUGCUCAGCUUCGAGAAGAUUGGCUACACAGAGGUCCAGUUCCGGCCCUACCGAACGGACGACUUCAUCACACGCCUGUACUACGAGACGCCCCGCUUCACGGUGCUCAGCCAGACGUGGGUGCUCAAGGCACGCGUCAACGACUCAGAGCGCAACCCCAGCUUGUCGUGCAAGCGCACGCUCUCCUUCCAGCUGUUGCUCAAGAGCAAGGUCACGGCGCCCCUGGAGUGCUCCUUCCUGCUGCUCAAGGGCCCCUACGACGACGUGAAGAUCAGCCCCGUCAUCUACCACUUCGUCUUCACCAACGAGAGCAACGAGACGGACUACGUGCCGCUGCCCAUCGUCGACUCUGUGGAGUGCAACAAGCUGCUGGCCGCCAAGAACAUCAACCUGCGGUUCUUCCUGUUCCAGAUGCAGAAGUAGGCGGCCCACCGCUGGCCACACCUGCCCGCAGCUUCACAGAGCUGUCACCCGUCCUGGCGGGGGGAGCGAACGUGACCAAACCUUGGGAAGUCUGUCUGCAUGCGUGUGUGAAGGUGUGAGCGCCCGCCACCUCCCUGCGCCCACCUGCCCUGUCCCAGUGCCUGAGGCUGGGCCGCCCACGCAGGAGACAGGCUCAGGGACUGGGCGGGUUGCCAGCAGUGACCCAGCCCCACCACGCGCCCUGGUGCGCUGCCUGCUCUGGGCCGGACUCGGGGCCUCGCUGACUUGGGACUGCACAUUUGAUGGCAAUUAAAAAAGGCACCCUUGUUUCCCA